UUUGUGUUCCAAGAGGGACUCACAUGCUUUGUCUCUGUCGCGCAUAGUCAUUCAGUGGAAACCUCCUGUCAAGGGAGAUGGUGUUAUCGCUGCGCACUUCAUUAUUUUUGUACAAUCAGAGCCAUUGAGACUAAACAUGAAGGCUGUAAUGCUUGCCGUCGUUUCGUUCCUGGCUGUCUUCGCCCCGGCUUUGGCCACCCAAUGCUCCGUAGCGCCAGUGAACGUGCCAAAGGAAUGGAUCACCAUCCACGGCACCUGCCGCUCGGCCAUGCGUCGUCAGAUCCAGAUGGAAGUUCGCGCUUCAUUGCAGUAUCUGGCUAUGGGAGCCCACUUCUCUAGAGAUGGGGUGAACAGGCCAGGCUUCGCCAAGCUGUUCUUCGACGCGGCCUCCGAGGAGCGUGAACACGCGCUCAAGCUCAUCGACUACCUGCUCAUGCGAGGAGAGCUGACCUCUGAUGUGUCCUCUCUCAUCAAGAUCAGGCCCCCGGAGAGCAAGACGUGGGAGGCCGGCGUAGACGCCCUGGAGCAGGCCCUGAUGAUGGAGAACGAGGUCACCAAGAGCAUCCGCACCGUCAUCUCGGCCUGCGAGGACGACCCAGAGUUCAACGACUACCACCUGGUCGACUACCUGACCGGCGAGUUCCUGGAGGAGCAAUACAAGGGCCAGCGCGACCUGGCCGGCAAGGCCACCACCCUCAAGAAGAUGAUGGACCGCCACUCCGCCCUCGGCGAAUUCCUCUUCGACAAGAAACUGCUGGGCAUGGACAUCUAAAUCUAAAUAGUGAUAAAAUAGAGAAACGUCACCUGUCAGUCGGCCAUUUUGAAUUAUUCGCGGCAUUUUGUUUUUUAAGAAUCAUUGUACAAAUAUUCUCCUGUAAGAAGGCCACCGCCAUGAUGGACCGUCAUUCCGCCCUCGGCGAAUUCUUGUUCGACAAGACACUGUUAGGCAAGGAAAUCUAAGCCUUUGCCUUCUAACCAAUCUAAUCUAUUAUAAAAAAAAUGUACCAUAGAGAAACGUCAGUCAGUCUGCCAUUUUGAACUCGCGGCAACGGACAUUCAGCCAUGUUUUUAGAAUUAUUGUACAAAUAUUCUAAAAGAAUACAUCAUUUAUAAGAGGAGUCGCGUUAUCUACCAGGGCUACUUUAACGCUAACUAACUUACAGCUAUUUUUAUUUAGAAUAAUUGUAAAAAUAUUCUAUAAAAAUAGUAAUGCGUAAUUGCGUACCAUAGAUUCAGAACAACGCGUUCCUGUUAGUUUGGCCAUUUUAACCAUUUCACUCGAACUGACAUUUUAGUCUAUUUUAUUGGAAAUACUUCAUUUAAUUUAAACUUAUGUACAAAUUUUGUAGCUGUGAGAAUUAGAAAGUGCUUGGCAUAAAUAACUAUGCCUUUAACCUAUUAAAAAAGUAUAUCCACCAUAGAUUCAGUACAAGUAUGCAUUCUGUCAAUCGGACAUCUUUAACAAGACUUCUGCCGGUUGAAAUUCAGCCAUUUUUUUUUAAUGAUUUAUUUAACAUUGUACAAAUGUAGUUGUAAGCAUUUUAUUACUCCACUAUAGUUACGUAUUGAAAGUCAAUUUAAAUCUUAAAAUAGCGAUCAAGUAGAAGAUUUAUAUAUGUAACACAUUUUGGCGCCAAAUAAGGCCAUAGAGUAUUUGUUUUUUUUUAGAAUAGACGUUUUAAGCGCAGUGCUCAAUGUAUUUGUGUUACAACUGUUUAUUUUGUUUAAUUUGGUAUAAAUAAAGGUUAGUCAUCCAUUAA